AUGCGUAAUAUUGUUCUUAGUGCUUUCCCUCGCAAUAUGAGGCUGCCUGAUCCAUCUACUCCCAACUUAAAGAUUGAUUUGCUUCCGGAAAUUAGGGAACCUCCUCACAUUCUCUCUGAGGUUGAUGCUGUUCUUAAAGCAAAGCAGAUGAAAGCCGAUGUAGAUGAAUAUCUCAAGACGAGGCAGCAGGGUUCUUCAUUCCUAACUGAAUUGAAGCAGAGAUUGCUCCUUUCAUCUAGUGAAGCUGCAUCUGCUGGAACCCGCUAUAAUGUGCCUUUGAUCAACUCCCUUGUGCUUUACGCUGGAAUGCAGGCCAUACAGCAGCUGCAGGCUAGAACACCUCAUGGACAAUCUGCAGGAAAUACCGUUCCUUUAGCUGUAUUUUUGGUGGAUGCUGCUUUAGAUAUUUACCAGACACUAAUACUCGACCUGGACACUGAAGGACGAUACCUCUUUCUAAAUGCUCAGGAAAUUAUCCAAGAGCAGAUUACAAGAGUCCUUUUGGAACGCCUAAUUGUUAAUCGACCUCAUCCAUGGGGACUUCUGAUUACUUUCAUCGAGCUCAUCAAGUCGUGCCGUGUUUGGUGGCUCGGUACUGUUUUUGCAUCUGCUUCUGUUGCAGCAAAUGAACAUGAAUAG